AAUUACCCCACUGCAGAGCCCCAGCCGUGGGUGUCAGUCCGAUCUGCCGAGCUCCACCAGAACAAAUGUUCCAUUUUUUGUUUCCCCUUCUUCUCCUGCCAAUCAGUCCUCCAACAUGUCUUCUUCAUCUCAAGUGUCUUCACACAUACGCUCUGUGGUAGUUGUUGUUGUUUUUUAUUCUCUCUCUGGCCUCUGUCUCUGACCACAGUGGAGCAGGAGAAGGAUCUGCUGCAGCCUCGGCCAUACUGGAAGGAGUUCCGCUUCGAUCUCACGCCGCUUCCUCAGGGAGAGACGGUCACUGCUGCUGAGUUUCGCAUCUAUAAAACUCUUACUGUGGGUUGGCGUGCAAACCGCACCCUCCAUAUCUCUGUCUAUGAAAUCCAGAGGGAGAAAAGACACAGGGAGCCUGAGCUGGUGUUGCUGGACAUGCAGUCUGUGCCUGCGGGUCAAGAGGGCUGGCUGGCAUUUGAUGUGACUUCUGCGAGCAAUCGCUGGCUUCUCCACCCUCGGAGCAACUUGGGCAUCCGCCUUUAUGUGGAAACUGAAGAGGACCGGUCGUUGUCAGCAGCAUGGGUGGGUCUGGUGGGUCGGCGCGGGCCGCGCUCUAAACAGCCUUUCAUGGUGACGUUCUUCAGAGCCAGUCAAGCCCCUUGCCGCCCACCUCGUGCUUUGAGACACAACAAUCCACGCAAGAAAAAACCCAAGUAUGACCUGCCACACCCAAACAGACCCGGCAUAUUUGACCAAAAUCAUGCCAGGAGUGGACGCCAGGCCUGUAAGAAACAUGAACUCUAUGUCAGCUUCAGCGACCUUGGCUGGAAAGACUGGGUUUUGGCCCCUACAGGUUAUUCUGCAUAUUAUUGUGAUGGGGAAUGUGAUUAUCCUCUGGGCUCUUGUAUGAAUGCCACAAACCACGCCAUGAUCCAGCUACUGGUUCACCUUUUAAGACCAGAUGAAGUGCCCAAAGCCUGCUGUGCUCCAACUAAACUCAGUCCCAUCUCUGUGCUCUUCUAUGAUGACAACAACAAUGUUAUUCUCAAGAAACAUAGAAAUAUGGUGGUCAAGAACUGUGGUUGUCUAUAACCUGUUGUACAUUCAAGUUUUAAAUCCAAAACCAAUGUAAAUGUAUUAUAAUACUCAGAGGCACCAUUUGUAAUAUACAGUGAUUAAAAAUGUAUUUAGCCAAAUUUGAGCAUUCUUACCUGUCCCAAAUGAUUGGCAAAUGAUUGUUAUUGAAGUGUCAUGAUGGUUUAUCAGCA